AAAACAGAUUCGAAAAGGAAGUUACGAAGCAGCACGUGCGUGGAGAUUUUUCUGCCAGUUGCCCGGGAAUAUUUUUGAAAAUUUUCACUUGUUUGUAAGAAUGAGGCUUUCAUUGGUGCUUGCUUUAGUAAUUUUAGCUUUGAUUGUUAUUUGUGAGUCAAAACCGGCGAAAAAACAUUCAAAGUCUAAAGACCAUGCAGUCAAGAAAUCAUCGAAGCCUGCGAAAGAAAAUCACUCAAAAACCUCCAACAAGAAGCAUGAAACCACAAACAAAUCUCAAGUUCGGGAGAAAAAAGGAAAAAUAGCUAAACCAAAGAAAGAGAAGCCUUCUACGAGCAAAAUUAACGAUAAGAAAUCCAGCAAGGCGAAAGACAAAACGUCGAAAUCUAAAACGCAGAGCAAGCCAUCGCCAAAGGCCAAAACUGAAAUAAAGUCUGACAAAUCGGUCAAAAUAGAAUCGAAUUUACCAAAAGAAAACCUCAAAAAUAUCCCCAAAAACUGUGACAACAUCGUCCAACAAUACGCAGACGGACAGAUGGUGAUGUAUGAGUACAAGAUUAAGAUGGCGAGAUGCUUGAAGGCCGAUAAAAGCAGUGAGCCAUCCAUCACCUCUAAAUACGAGAGCAACGAUGGAAGCAAUGAAGACUUUUUCAGGAAAGCACUGAAAUAUACCGCACAAGACGAUGUACAGAAUGACGAUAGUGAUAGUGAUAAUGACAACGAUAAAGAAGAGAAGAAGAGCGAGGUUCCAACAGGUGAUUUUGUGAAUACACAGCAAAGUAUGGAUACUAGUGUACCUCAACAGCAAACAGCAUCCUACUAUCCGAGUCAAGACCAAAGUACCUUGGACCAGGCACAGGCAGCACCUGCUCAGACUGAUGCAGCUUUCUCUCAGAACACUGUGUAUAACCAAGCAGCCCCAGUACAGCAAAACUACAACUACUAUGCACGAAGCAAUAUCCCCGCAGCACCACAGGCUCAGGAUCCUAACCAACAAUCGAAUGCAGCCAACUUUGCUCCUGCACAGCCACAAGUUGAUGCAACCAAGAAAGACACUCUCCCUGCAGCACCAGCCAGCGAUCCCUUCGCUCAAUUCAUGAAUAUCCAGUCCUCCUCGGACACAGCACCACAGCCAAUCCAACAAAGAAGUGACAUCCCAGAUGACCAGUCUUACAACACAAUUCCAGACAAUCAACAGGCAUACUUYAGACAACAAUACCGAUUAUGGAGCCCUGAGGACGACGGUAUAUUCCCCGAGAAUCCUUGAACAUCGAAAAAUAUAUAGACCGCUUG